ACAUCUUUACUUCCUUCCCAUCCGAUCAUCUACCAUUCUUCUUUGAUCUUUCCCAAUCUCCCCCACAUCAUAGAAAAAAAAAUCCAUUAAUUACAAACGGAAAGCAACAACAAGCAAUUCUCAAAUCAGUUCCAAUUCCAAACAUAAGAUCACUCCUUCCCAAUGGAUAGCAACUCAAUUGAAGGAGGAGAUAUAGAUGAAGAAGCCCAAACACAACACGGCCCGAAGCCAUGGGAACCAAAGAGGGAGAGACUGGCCUCCAUUCACGAGAAGAUCUCCAAGGACCCAAAGCUCCUGAGCCGUGACGCCGGCAAGACAUCCUGCUGCAUCUUCCGGGUUCCUGCGAGCCUGAUCAAGGUCAAUGGCAGGUCCUAUCAGCCCCACAUCGUCUCGAUCGGCCCCUACCACUGGGGCAACCCGAACCUUGAGAUGAUCCAGGAGCACAAAUGGAGGUAUCUAGGAUCGCUCCUCUCUAGAACGGAGACCAUAGGAAUCUGCUUGGAAGAUUACAUGAAGGCGAUCGAGCCUUUGGUGCCGAGCGCACGGGAAUGUUACUCGGAAGUUAUCCACCUCGACACCGAUGAGUUGAUCGAGAUGAUGAUCCUUGACGGGUGUUUCAUGAUUGAGCUGUUUCGCAAGAACAAGAAGUUAGCCCUCUUUGAGGCCAAUGACCCUCUAGUAACCAUGGCUUGGAUCUUCCCUUUCUUCUAUCGGGAUUUCCUCCAGCUCGAGAACCAAAUCCCAUACUUCAUCCUCGAGCGCUUGUUCGAGCUGACAAAGGUAAGUCCGAAGGAAUCGGACCAUUCCCUGGCCGAAAUCGCGCUCGAGUUCUUCAACAAUGCGAUGCAAAGGUCUGACAAGGACAUAGCCAACUACCAUAACAUCGGAGGAAGGCAUCUUCUGGACCUGGUCCGAUCGAGCUUCAUGCCACAGGCCACCCCACUGCCAGAGCCGCCACGCAGGUCCGUCCCUACCGACGUGAUCCACUGUGUAUCCAAGCUGCGGCGGGCAGGAAUCAAGCUCCAACGAGCCAAAGACCAACGGAGCUUCCUGGUCGUGAGUUUCCAAAAGGGGGUGCUUGAGAUGCCCACGAUCACGAUCGACGACUUCAUGAGCUCUUUCCUCCUCAACUGCGUGGCCUACGAGCAAUGUCACCACAGCAGCUCCAAGCACAUCACUACCUAUGCGACCCUCCUGGACUGCCUGGUGAACACGUACAAAGAUGUCGAGUACUUGUGCGACCGGAACAUCAUCGAGAACUACUUUGGGACAGACACCGAUGUCGCCAAGUUCAUUAACAACCUAGGGAAGGACGUGGCUUUCGAUAUAGACCGGUGUUACCUGGCCAAGGUUUUUGAUGAAGUGCACUUGUACUACAACAACAGUUGGCACGUCUACUGGGCAAGCUUUAAGUACACUUAUUUCGACACGCCGUGGUCAUUUAUUUCCGCAUUGGCUGCCCUCAUCUUGCUGCUCUUAACUGUGACUCAGACAUUUUAUACGGUCUAUCAGUUCUAUAAUCACAAGGAAUGAAAUAGCCAGGGAUGUACACGCAUUUUUUGCAUUUAGUGUCACGAUGAGAAGCCCCUCCCCUGUUUUUCAUGUCCCGGUUUCACGACCAAAAAGGGGUUCGAUGUUUUGCCUGCUCGAGAAAGAAUCAAGCAAAGAGGAUAAAUUAUAGACUGCCUCGUAAGCGACCACUCUUUUCUCUUUUA